AUGGACGAGGUUGAUGAAGUCCGAUUAUAUGCAAAUUGCUCUGGAUUUCUUCCACCUUUUCGAGGCCAAUGGUAUUACUUGAGUUCAUGGGCAGACGGUCAUCGACUAGAAACUCCUAAAGAAUUUUUCAACAUGAAACAUGUAAGUGCUAAAAAUGUGAUUGAGAGGACAUUUGCGCUUCUGAAAAUUCGUUGGAAAAUUACAUCAAGUCCAAGUUUCUACAGCAUAGCCAUGCAACGGCAUAUUAUUAAUGAGUGUUGCUUGCUUCAUAAUUUCAUUAGAAGGGACUUGAUAGAAGUUCCCAAUGAGGAUGAAGUUGAGACUACAUCCUUGGAGGAAAGUGUAGAAGAUGACAAUAAACACAUUGCAGCUGUGCAACCAACUAAUGAGUGGACACAAUUUAGGCAAGAGAUGGCAGUGGACAUGUUUAGCAUGUAG